CGGACUUCGCCAAUUCCAUCCCACGCCUGCGUACCACCACUUUGCCUUGUCACAUCCGCCAUAUUGUCCACCAUUCGCUUCCAUUUCUGUGAUGCCCCAACGCAGCACUCAUCCACCUCAGUAAAUGGUGAUAAAACUCAUUAUUGUGCCCCUAAGCGUUAGUGUUUAUGCUCGCCUCCAGCCGAGACAAAAUAACAGUCCGCAUCCAAAACAUGAAACGCAGCAGCGACCGCGACACGCCCCCACGCAGCAAACGCUCCCGUUCAAGCAUGGGCCGGUACGACGACAGCUCCGACGAACGCCUAACCCCCGAACGCGUCCGCCGUCGUGGAAGCCGCAAUCGCUCGCCCAGCCCCCGCCCCAGGUAUGUCAGCCCGCAUCGCGAUGAAUAUCUGCGCCCCCCUGAACGCGCCUACCCUUACAAAGUGCUCUGCGUCAGCGCCCUACACCCCAAAGCCAGCGAUGAAGUGAUCAAAGACACGCUCUAUCGAGAGUACAAAAAAUACGGCGAUCUGAGCAUUAGACUAUCGCAUGAUGUUGAUGAACGCGUAGCUUAUGUGUGCUUCCGGAAUCCGGAGGAUGCACGUGAUGCCAAACACGGGAAACCCCGGAUUAUUAUUUAUGAUAAAGUUGCGAUUGUUGAACCUGUGUAUGAAGUGCCCAGGUCAAGUGAUAUUUAUAGGAGUCGCCCCAGGUCUAUUACACCAGAGUAUGAUCGGCAUUAUUAUGCUAGGUCACCUGAACGGUUAAGGGUUGAUCGGUACGAUAGGGCUUACGGGCCCCCGCCAGGGGUCCCAGUACAUAGAGAUUAUCGCAGGGAGGCUUUACCUGCUCCUCAUGAGUAUUUGGCAAGGCCUCCGAUUCAUCACCCGGCACAUUUAACCCCAAGUCAUGGAUACGGCCCCCCACGACAUACGGUCCCAAGGCCCCCCUUUGAAAAAACAGAGAAUAAAAAAGACAAGUUUCCGAAUUAUUUGCACCACAUUCAACCAGAAGAUGACCCGUUAGCGACUCGUACGUUAUUUGCCGGUAAUUUAGAAAUUAAUAUCACAGAAGAAGAGUUGCGUCGCAUUUUCGGUCGUUACGGUGUUGUUGAAGAUAUAGAUAUCAAGAGACCACCACCUGGCACAGGCAAUGCCUUUGCUUUCGUUCGGUUUCACACCCUUGAUAUGGCCCACCGUGCUAAAGUCGAAUUAUCAGGUCAAUACAUCGGAAAGUUCCAGUGUAAAAUUGGUUACGGGAAAGCAACCCCAACUACACGUAUCUGGGUUGGGGGGCUUGGCCCUUGGACUUCAGUCCCCCAACUAGAACGUGAGUUUGAUCGUUUUGGGGCUAUCAAGAAAAUCGAUUACGUCAAGGGCGACAAUCAAGCCUAUAUUCUGUACGACAGUAUCGAUGCAGCACAAGCGGCUGUGAAGGAAAUGAGAGGAGCCCCACUUGGGGGGCCUGACCGUCGCCUCAGGACUGACUUUGCGGACGUGACACCGGGAGUCGUCUACCGACCUAAACCCCCCUAUCCUGGACAUGAAGACAGUCUCGAUUACCGCCGCCUUGACUACGAUUACGACUACGACGACUACGCCACCCGGGGGUACAGGGGUCGUGCUGCCUACCCCGAACGCCGCGCCGGCAGCCGGGGCCCUUACCGCUACCCCGAGACAACUGAAGAUGAAUGGGGGCGCUCACGCCCCGAAUACGAACGCCGCCGUUCCGUUGACCGCUCCAGGUCCAGGUCACCGAGACGUUCCCCUGAUUCGGAUUCGGAUAAUGGGUCUCGUAGAGCUGGGUUGCUCGCAUCUAGUCGGACUCUCCCCGAAGUGGCACGGAAGUGUACGACAGUGUGGCAAGGUGCUUUGAUUUUGAAGAAUUCGCUGUUUCCGGCCAAGUUUCAUUUGAUUGAUGGCGAUACGGAUAUUGUGGAAGGGUUGAUGAAGGACGAGGAUGGAAAACAUCAGCUGAGGAUUACGCAAAGGUUGAGGUUGGAUCAGCCAAAGUUGGAGGAUGUGCAAAGGAGAAUUUCGGGGGCGAGUUCGCAUGCGAUUUUCUUGGGGUUGGCGGGGUCGACGGCGUCGGUCACGAAUGAUGAUAGUACGGUGCAGACGAGGCCGUUGAGGAAUUUGGUGUCGUAUUUGAAGCAGAAGGAAGCAGCUGGGGUUAUUUCGUUGUUGAAUAAGGAGACGGAAGCGACAGGGGUUUUGUAUUCGUUUCCGCCGUGUGCGUUUUCGACAGAGUUGCUUAAACGUACGUGUCCGAAUCUGUCGGAGGAGGCGAUCAAGGAGGAUCAUUUGGUUAUUGUUGUGGUACGUGGUGGUACUGCUUAAUUUUUAUGACUGUAUAGUCGUUGACUAUACUGUAUUAUUAUUUUGUUUUUUUUUACUUAUUUUAUGAGGUAGAGCUCAUUUUUUUUACCCCCCUCCAGGUCUACACUGGCUAAUUUUGUUGACAGUUUAAACAAAUUGUACAUUUUUCAGGAAAUUGGUGAUCAACAACGAUGUUGAUUGUGUUGAUGAUGAUGAUGAUGCUUUAUCAUUUAAGUGCUUACUGAAUUUGUUUUGUGAACUUUGAAAAUAUUCUGUAACUUGAUUUAGUGCUGAAGUGAAUUUAGUUUAAGUGGUUGCAGUUCUUUCUCAUAGUAUCUGUCAUUUGUAUUAGUGGAACAUUCUGUAAGGAUUUAUCUGUUGUUAUGUGAAAGGACUGUAAAAGGAAACAAUUAACUACAGUGUUGUAGUGUUCUGUGCAAAUAGUUACUCUUUAUAAAGAUUGUUUCAAAAUAAAACCAAGUUAAUGAUUGUGAUGUAGUGUUAAGACACUUAUCAGUGGCUAGGAAGUAUGGUCUUCUAUAAUCAUUUCUCCUGUCUGGUUAUAAAAUGUUCAAUAGUGUUGUGCAAAUAGAUAAGUUCUUUCAGA